AUGAUCAGAUCCUUUCAUUCAAUUUCCUUUCAACAAAUCUCAUACACACCUCCUUAAAAUUAACUUCGUAGAAGUAGUUGUCAUUGUUCCCAUUGUUCCAGUUCAAAUAUUAAAUAAAUAACAUUACCUAAUUAGCAAUAUGAAAUUGUCAUGCAUAGAAAAAUAAGACUUGCCAAUAUAAUUAUACAAAAUUUCUAACCAACAGAUAAAUAUUUAAGAUCCAAACAAAAAUAUAAGAACUUUAGAAUCUUCUCUCAUAAUCGCUAACAAAAUAUGUCCACAGAUAAUCAUAAAUCUCCAUCUCUAGAUUAAUAAGAUCAAAUUAAAGAUCAUUCUUAAAAAAAGAGAAUAUCCCCAAUAUAAUCCCAUUAUUCAAAUUCAAAAUAGUCAAAUUUUUACUUUUUAAAUCAUCUAAAAACAUAAAUGACACGAAUAGAUAACAACUUAAAUUAAUUAAUACAAACUAGCAGAUAAUAAAUCACUGAACCAGAUGAACCAAAUAUUACAUCUAAAAGAACCAAAUAAGCUAUUAUUAAGACAAUUAAAAUUAAUCAUCCAUAUAAAUCUGCCUAUAGUAUCAGUCUUAACAAAAGAUUUAGGCCUCCAAAGAAAAUGCAUACUAAUCCUUCUAAUCUACUAGCAAGAACUUAAUAAAGUUUAUCUAAAUAUGCCCUUAAUUGUAUUAAUUGA